GUCACGCCUCACCUGAGUUUCGAUAGACGGUGAAACUCGUGCAGAAAUUCAAACACGCUCAAAACACACUUUACACGGCGAGAUUGCUGAUUACACGAUGGCACGUUCAUUUUAACCGAUUAUAUGUUAUAUUUAAACAAAUCGGUUCAUUUUCACGGUGAAGGCCUCAGGAUUCGUGGCUUUUUUUCUGGCGUGGAGCGCGAGCGCUUCCUGAAACCUGCAGAAGAGGCAUCAUGUCUUCUCACCCACGGCGUGUCCGUCUGAAACCGUGGCUCGUCGCUCAGGUGGACAACGGGACGUUUCCGGGUCUCGUGUGGCUGGACCGUGAUGGCAAACGCUUCCAGAUUCCAUGGAAACACGCGACGCGUCACACUCCGCAACAAGAGGAGGAGAACACCAUCUUUAAAGCGUGGGCUGUGGAAACGGGUAAAUAUCAGGAAGGUGUCGACGAACCGGAUCCGGCUAAAUGGAAAGCUCAACUGCGCUGUGCACUUAACAAGAGCCGAGAGUUUAACCUCAUUUACGAUGGAACUAAAGAAGUUCCCAUGAAUCCACUGAAGAUCUACAAUGUGUGUGAUAUUCCUCAAACGCUCAGUAACCCAGGUUCAGUCCCGACAUAUGAGACUGACGGUGAUGAAGAUGACGUUCCAGACACACCAGAGCCCCCCCCACCAUACCCACCCCACGGUAUGAAUUCUCCGCUGGCUCCGGUUUGGACUCCUCCUGGUUCAGUCUCGCCGAUGCAGCCGCCCAGUUGCCCGCCGCCUCCUGCGGAGGUGUGGCCUAAGAAAGAGCCUCUGGACGUAGAUAUGCAGGCUCCGCCCAUGGAGGUACAGCCGUCCGCACCGCUGGACAUCUUCGCCACGCCAGAGAUGUGGAUCAGUUCUCUUCCCAUGACGGACCUAGAGGUGCAGUUUUAUUACCGCGGUAAAGAGGUGUGUCCUCCGGCCAUCGUGAGUAACCCGCUGGGCUGCCGGCUGUUUUACGGUGAUCUUGGCCCGAUGAUGAAUCAGGAGGAGUUGUUCGGUCCCAUCAGUCUGGAGCAGGUGCGAUUCCCCUCCACCGAGCACAUCAACAACGAAAAACAGCGUCUGUUCACGAGCCGUUUGCUUGACGUGAUGGACCGCGGGCUGAUUCUAGAGGUGAACGGGCAUGACAUCUACGCCGUACGACUGUGCCAGUGUAAAGUGUACUGGUCCGGUCCCUGCGCCCCCAAUCCAAACGCGCCAAACCUCAUCGAGCGCCAACGCAAGGUCAAACUCUUCUGUCUGGAGUCAUUCCUGAGCGGAGUGAUCGCUCAUCAGCGUGGACAGUCAUCCGGACCGCCUCAGUUUGACAUUCAUCUGUGUUUUGGGGAGGAGUGGCCCGAUGGGAGACCCAGAGACCGAAAACUCAUCAUGGUACAGGUCAUUCCAGUGGUCGCGCGUAUGAUCAGCGAGAUUUUUUCAGGCGACUGCACUCGUUCGUUUGACAGCGGAAGUGUUCGUCUGCAGAUCUCCGUUCCGGACAUCAAAGACAACAUUGUAACGCACCUCAAACAACUUUAUCGACUCCUACAGACGCACCAGGGCCAGGAGAACUGGCCCCUCCCGCCUGGAACCGGGAUCAACCUGCCGUAGGCCCCGCAGUAGCGCAUGCGUUCAACACGUGUGACGUGCUUUAUUGAAAAGUACUUUCUAUAGAAGAAUAUUAUCUGCGGUCACUUUACAGUGACGUGAUGACUCUUGUAGUGAGUGUUUAGUGUCGGAGGUUUUUAGUUGCCGGGUCAAAGUCUAGUGUGUGUUAAUAAUCAACCAAAGCGAGACUCCUAAACCGCUCCGCUUAUCUGCUGAAAUAUUUAGUAUCUUUCUAAAUACAGAUGUGCUUUUAUCAGCUGUAAAUAAUGUUACGGUAAUAUUGGUUUAGUUUUCUCACUAUUUCAUGAGCUUUUAACCAAGUUUCUGAAUAUUAAUGUAUUUUUACUGCAGCAUUAAUGUAAUGAUGUCACACAUUUAAUCAUGCUUAAUGUGUUUGUUUCUGCACUUUGGGGUAAAUAUAAUUUAAUUUAACCAUACUAUAUAUUUGACGUUUCAUAAGGAUGUUCAUGUAGAUUAUUGUAAUAAUGUUUUCUUGGAUUUAUCAAAUAAAAUGAAAGAUG